GUUUACACAAGAUCAGAAUUCAGCCCUCUAUCUUACACACUCCUGAAUUACUUUCCCUGCUACCACCCAUCCCCAUCCUGUCCCUUUGAGGCCAAAUCCAGCUCUUGAUUCCACUAGUGCAAACCAGGAGUAACUCCACUGUGUCCAUAUUUACCGUAGUGUUACUGAGAGCCGAAGCCAGCCCUUGGUGGGUGAGAUACUGCCCUGCCUCACGUAACUGACCCUCUCGACUAGGCCACCCCUGGACUAGGCCGAAGCCCUCUGUGGUAGUUGCAUGGCUAACUCUGUCCCUUGGCUUCCCCUAGGUCUAUCCAUCUGUGAGCACCAUGACCUCCAGCCUGGGGCCGAUGAACACCAUCAACUCCUACAUGACGCUCAACUCGCUUAGUUCCCCCAGCUCCAUUAACAUGACCUACCCGAAUAGCCCUUCCCUCACCGGGCUGACCAGCUCCACCAGCCCCAUGGGCCUUCCCGCUAUGACGUCACCUGUCAGCCCGGUGCUGACGCCACUGGGGACCCAGGCGCCCACCAUCAACUCCCUAUCCCCCUACCCGAACGUGAGCCAGUCCCUGGCCCCUCUGGGGUACCCAGCCUCGGGCAUCAACCGGCCCAAGGAAAUCAACAAGUCAUACCGGCGCACGCUGACUCAUGCCAAGCCCCCGUAUUCCUAUAUCUCCCUCAUCACCAUGGCCAUCCAGCAGGCCCCCAGCAAGAUGCUGACCCUCAACGAGAUCUACCAGUGGAUCAUGGACCUCUUCCCGUAUUAUCGGGAGAACCAGCAGCGCUGGCAGAACUCCAUCCGCCACUCGCUCUCCUUCAACGACUGCUUCGUCAAAGUGGCCCGCUCCCCGGACAAGCCCGGCAAAGGCUCCUACUGGGCCCUGCACCCCAAUUCCGGCAACAUGUUCGAGAACGGCUGCUACCUGCGGCGCCAGAAGCGCUUCAAGAUCGAAGACAAGGCCAAGAAACCCAACGCCAAGCCAUCCGGCACCCAGGAGCAGGCUCCCAAACACCCUGAGCGGCUCCAGGAAGGCCAAAGUCCCAACACCGCUUCUGAAGGGGCCGAGUCGGGCCACUCAGAUGCCUCCCACAGUUCUGAGGAGCAAAGGGGCCUGGUCCAGUUGGACUGUUCUGGCGUGCAAGGUUCAUCCCCGGCCUCCGAGGCCUCCCCCAUCUCUCAGCCCAUGAAUAGCCACUACUUCCCCCCUUCCAUCACCAAUAUGGACCUCCCAAACGACCUCAAAAUGGACCCUCAGUACAACUUCAAUCACCCCUUCUCCAUCACCAACCUGAUGUCCUCCGAGCAGAGCCACAAGAUUGACCUGAAGGCCUACGAGCAGGCCAUGGCCUACAGCGGCUACGGCUCGCCCCCUGCGCCGGACGGCAAACACGCCUACGAGACGGCCACUUCGCUCAGCGAAACCGGCUCUUACUACCAGAGCCUGUACAGCCGCUCCCUGCUCAAUGCCUCGUAAUGGCCCCCCUCUGGAGAACCAAGGCCGCUUGCAGAGAUCGGGGGCGAGGGGCAGACGCCGUUCCCCCACCUACCCGCCCAAGUGUAAGACGUUCCUUUCCAUUGUCCACCAGGCACGACAUGGGGAAAGGAACGAGAGACCAGCUCCUGUGCUGGGCCCUGUGUAGGCCCCUUGCCAUCCUGUGACCAGGGGUUCCUUUUCUCGGUGUGGAAAAUACCCUCCCCAUCCCCACCUCCACUCCCACCCUCCAAAUCUUUCAAGGGAGCAGGGCAAAGUCUCUCCCCAAGGUAAUGGCCAGGUGGGAUGAACACAUUCCACAUCUCCCCUUGUCCUGGCCACCUCCUGGGAGACCGCGCCAGACAGUCACUAGACCAGCUGGGAUCCUGCCCUUAGUUCUGUGCCAUUAGCUACCAGAGCGGUGCCACUGAGCUCAGCGGCAAUGGAGAGUCCUCCGCAGCGUUGGGCGAGCAGCCGUGUCUGUUUCAAACAUGUCCCAGAAGAGCUGUACAUCCAGCCCCUGGCCUCGAACUCGGAGCCUGGGAGCAGCCCUCGUAGUUCCCAAGGCAUAUGGAAUUCUCUGCCGAAAUGUUACAGUUCCCGAGAGCUUCUCCAGGCGAUCCCCAAACCCUGUAGAUCCACACAUGGCAGGAUUCCACUGUUACGUUCAAGGGAAUUAGUUAUGCCACAGACAAAUUGGGCCCCGUGAGUGUGAAGCCUGGUGCGGGGGGAGGAAUUGUUCUAGAUUUUUGUUGUUGGUUUUUUGUUUUUUUUUUUGUAAAUGGCUUUCUAUUUAAAUAUUUGCUUUGGAAAAGGGGUUAAUAGAGUCUGUUUUAAUAUAUCAUAAUUUAGAGAGGGAUUUGUUUGUGGAUGGUUCAUUUUAAGUGUGUCUUUACCUUUUUUUUUUGGUAUUCAAGAUCAUUAAAAAAAUAACCCAC